AUGUCCGAAAACGUGAGCACCGUGCUCCCUCAAGGCGCUGGAUAUGGUGUCGUCGUCGGAAUCGGCCUAUUCUUCUCGGCAUUCAUGCUUGGCUUGACAUGGAUUCAAGCUCGGUACACCGGUUUCUCCCCUAGCAACUCAGAGGAGUUUAGUAGUGCAAGUCGUAGUGUCAAACCGGGUUUGAUUGCUUCAGGAAUUGUAUCUGCCUGGACAUGGGCGGCCACGUUGUUGCAAUCAAGUGCUGUCGCGUAUAAAUAUGGGAUCUCAGGUCCUUGGUGGUACGGUGCUGGUGCAACUAUUCAAGUUCUACUAUUCGCGAUGCUUGCAGCAAAGCUUAAGUUGAAUAGUCCCAACGCUCAUACAUUCCUUGAGAUUAUUGGCGCUCGCUGGGGCACAGCUGCCCACCUGAUCUUCUUGUUCUUUGGGUUGGCGACUAACAUUAUCGUCUCGUCAAUGUUGAUCUUAGGUGGUUCAGCAACUGUCACAGACCUUACAGGCAUGAACACCAUUGCAGCUUGCUUCCUCAUUCCGAUUGGUGUUGCGAUUUACGUCGUAGCCGGUGGAAUGCGUGCGACUCUUCUGUGUGAUUAUACACACACUGCGGUACUCUUUGCUAUUAUUCUCACGUUUAUCUUCACUGCCUAUUCGACCUCGCCCAAGAUUGGUAGCCCAAGUCGGAUGCACGAACUUCUGGUCGAAGUCUCAAUUGCCAAGCCUGUUGCCGGAAACGCCCAAGGCAGCUACUUGACUAUGCGUUCCAAGAACGGCCUCAUAUUUGGUGUAAUCAAUAUUAUUGGUAACUUCGCGACUGUGUUCAACGACCAAGCUUAUUGGCAACGAGCUAUUGCAAGCAAGCCUCAAUCCUGUGUGAAAGCAUACCUUUUGGGAGGAUUAGCAUGGUUCUCUAUUCCGUUCACUUUUGCUACCACUCUUGGACUUGCCGCUGUCGCGUUGCACAAUGACCCGGAUAUGCGUCCAUUGUCGCCAGCUGAUGUGAGCGCUGGUCUCCCUGCACCAUCUGCAGCGGCAGCUCUCCUCGGUACUUCUGGAGCUGCAGCUAUGUUGAUUUUGCUCUUCUUGGCUGUUACCUCUGCCACCUCUGCCGAGUUGAUUGCCGUGUCGUCCCUCCUCACCUACGACGUAUAUAAGCGGUACAUCAAUCCUCGUGCAACCGAAGCGCAGAUUAUGCGAGUAUCCCAUCUUAUGGUUGCAUUCUUUGCUAUUUGCAUGGGUCUAUUCGGUUUAAUCUUCUAUUAUAUUGGCGUGGGUACUCUUCUGGGAUCAGCUGUGGUUCCAAUAGCGCUUUGCAUAACUUGGCAGAAAGCCUCGAAAAUUGGAUGUAUUGUUGGUGCGAUCAGUGGCCUCUUUGCGGGAAUCAUUGCAUGGUUAGUCACGACAAGCACUCUCAAUGAUAAAGUCAUCAAUGUCACCACGAGUGGAGGAGAUUAUGAGAUGCUCGCCGGAAACUUGGCUGCGAUCGGCGUUGGAGGCAUUAUUUCGGUUGUUUGGUCGUACCUUCGUCCCGAUAAUUUCUCGUUCGAUGUUACGCGUGCUCUUAAUGCACCAGUGCACCCACACGCGGCCCCUACCACUGGGUCCGGGACUCACACCCCGCCCGAAGACGAAAAGAAGCAGUCCGACAUUGGAUCAGGAGACAUCCGCAUCGUACCAGCCGAAGAUGACGAGAAGCACGACAGAGGCGUCACUCACGACGAAGACCUCGACCCUAUUGCUCUCAAGGGCGCAUUCCGCUUUGCGGCCUGGAGCAGCAUCGGGCUUUUAAUCGUGAUGAUCAUCUUGAUUCCUUUCCCGCUUUUCUUUUCCCAGGUCGUCUUUGGCACCAAGGGACUGACGACUUGGGUCGCGGUCGGAAUUGCUUGGACGUUUUUGGCUGCGUUUACUGUGGUGAUUUACCCGCUCUAUGAGAGUCGACAGGCGUUGUUUUUGGUGUCGAAGGGUAUUGUCAAGGAUAUAUUCCACCCGGGAAGCGGCAAAUACUCUGAAAGCUCUCCUGCUAAAGAAGGCACCGCGUAG